AUGACUUCUCCAAUCGACCCCCACACCAAAACCUAUUCCCACAUCAACGGCACCCUCGAAGAUCUGGGUGACCGCCUGGCAGUCUCCGAGCUCUGCAAGGGUUGGCCUGUUUACCGCGACUCGUCCGAGUGGAAGAACUAUCGCGAUCUCUUUGCCGAGGAGGCCUAUGUCUGGACCACCUGGAGCGGCCCCCGCCCUGUCGAUGAGUUCAUCGCCAUCUCCAAGGCCGGCAAGGACAAGGGCGUCUUCAUCAUGCACCGCGAGUGUGGCACCCUCGUCGAGUUGAACACCGCUGCUGGCCGUGCCAUUGGCAAGAUGAAGGCCACCAUCACCCACCGCUUCAAGUUCGACCCCGCCACCGGCGGCAAUGGCGCCUCACCGGACACUGAGACUGCCGAGUUCGACGUUGACUGCGACUGCCGUUUCAUUUUCUUUUGUGAGAAGAAUCCCGCUACUAAACAGUGGAAGGCCAAAUACGUCAAGUUGUUCUACGAGAAGGACAAGGUUGUCCCUGUCGACGGCAUCAGCGCUCCCAAGUUCUCCAAGGAGGAGCUCGAGAAGAUUCCGACCGGUUACAAGUGGCUCGGCGCCGCCCAGGCUCGUCUCGGCUACGAGAUCGAUCUCGACCUGCCCACUGCCGGUGGCGAGCUGUUCACCCGUAUGUAUGGCGAGAUGGAGAAGUGGCUCGACGGCAAGGAUGUCGACCUCUUCUGGGAGAAGAACUAA